AUGGCGCCUAGUCUUGUCGAGUCCAACGGCGACUCAAAUCGCACAGAUGCAGUAGCUGCCAUCUCCAAGUCUGCCUCUACCUCGCUAGACAAGUUCGCCUUGUUCCGGCGGUUGGUGCCUGUCGCUUCCGACGGCAAAGUCACGUUCCUCAACGCCUCAUUCUCACCACCGGCCAAUCUCAUCACUCACGCGGCCAUCACACGCUAUGCUAACGAGGCACUCCAAGACCGUCACCCGAAACCUGCAUGGCAAGCAGCCGGUGCUGAGACUCGUGCCGCUCUGGCUCGCUACAUCAACGCUCCUUCACCUGAUGAUAUUGCUUUUAUGCGAGAUACCACCGAAGGCCUGAACUCAUUCAUCCACAGUAUCAAGUUCCAGCCUGGCGAUAAUGUGGUUAUCCUUGAUACUGAGCACCCAAACCACGGCUAUGGCUGGAUGGCGAUGCGAUCAUUUGGGCUUGAAGUCCGCCAAGUCCCGACAAUUGCAGCAGCGGAGAAGUCUGGCGUCACUGCUGCAACUGCCGACACCUUUGCUCCUUAUGUUGAUGAGCGUACCAUCGCCGUUGGACUGAGUUCUAUCAUGUUCCACAGCGGUCAGUGGAAUGAUGUCGCUGGCAUUUCCGCAGCUUUCCGUCCCAAGGGGAUCCACGUCCUUGUGGAUAUGACCCAACAAGUUGGAUUUGCAGAUGUCGAUGUUCAACAGCUUGGAGUAUCUGCCGCCGCCUUUGGUAUGCACAAGGGUCUGAACUGUCCCACUGGUUUGGCGGCACUCUAUGUUGAUCCAAAAGUCAUCCCAGAGCUUACAAACCCCCCGCCUGUUGUUGGAUACGGAGCGGUUCAAAAUGUCCGGGGAGACCUACUGGUGUCUUCUGAGGGGCUCAUCUUUCACCCCAGUGCUCGAAGGUUUGAGCAUCUGAACAUCAGUCUUAUUGCAAUUGCUGCUGCACGAGCGUGGAUAGAGUUCUAUGUUGAUGUAAUGAAGCCUAAGGAUGUCGAAGAACACCUGUUCCGCCUUGGCGACGCACUCCGUGUGCAAUUAAAGCCCCUUGGUAUUGAUAUUGUCGGCCCAACCUCUCGCCAGGAACAUGCCCCUCACUUAUAUAUUCUUGAUCUGCAUGACCCUCGGUGGGUUCAGCUCCUGAAGGAUAAUGAUAUCAUUGUUACACCUUACCGUCUAGGUAUCCGUGUAUCAUUUGGUUUCUACAACAAUUUGGAUGAUGUGGAGAGGAUAUCUCAAGUUUUGGCAAAGGGCGUUGAGGCUGGUCUGCCGUUUGGAAGGCAGUGA